AGGGGGCGGUAAUGCACCAAAACGCUGGAUCCCAACCGCCGUAAACAAGAAGAUGACUGACGCCGAUAGGUCACGUGAUGACAGCAUGGCAGACUCUAUUCCAUUCAUACUGUAAAGAACGUACUUUUUAAUGGUCGCGAAGUUCAGAUUCAAAAGUAGGCUAGUAGCUACUCAGACACGCGAUUUCGGACGCACCGUGUGGAAGUUAGCGAGGGAAGGGCGCGAGGAAACGAUCUGGAGCCGCAAUAGAAGCUCGCACGUGGUACUUUCAGUUUCGCUUUUAUUAAUUUAUUUUUUCGCUCACUAAACUUGCAAUAAAUCUUAAAAAAAAGACUCAAGCAUUACUUAUCAUGUCCAGAUGCUUGAAUCUCCUGCUGUUGUUGUGCUUUAUCAAUUAUAUCGAAUCCUCCACUGUAGGAAACAUCCUUAUACAUGUGACAGGGCAAAACGGAGAAAACGCCACCCUGCAAUGUAAAAUUGGGGCCAGAGACAUUUUUAAUGUUAUUCUAUACAGACAGGCAGACCCCAUUCUUAAAUGUGAGAAUGAUAAAUGUGAGAGUGAAAAUAGACGAGUAUUUAAAACAGGAUCAUGUGACAUCACCAUCAAGGAUCUGAGACUGAGUGAUGCUGGGAAAUACAUUCUGAGAGUCCAUUACACUGAUGAUCGGAGAGAACUGAAGUACCAUCUUGAAAUUCAUGAUGAGAUUUCUGUGAAAACAGGAGAGCAGCUGAAGAUGGAUGUUCUGUUGAUCAAUGCUGAUAAAGUGGAGAAAAACUCCAGUGGAGAGUGGACAGAGGUGUGGACGAGAGGUCACGGGGUCAGCAGUGAUCGACUGACCGACAGCAAUGAGACUCUGACCAUUAAAGAGUUUAGAGCCACUGACACUGGAACAUACAGAGUUCUGGACUCUAAUAAUGAAACUUUGAUCACAGUCACAGUCACAGAAUCUGGUACAGGAUCAGUGGGAGGACAGCAGGGUGACACUGAACAUAUGUACUGGUUCUGGCGUGUUGGACUGCCUGUGAUUCUGCUGGUUCUGGUGGGUGUGAUUGUCUUUGUCGUCAUCAAGAAACGCCAGCGUCUCAAUAGAGGUUACUCACAGGGCCAUCAAAGUCCAGAGGAACCUGAGGGCCUAUAAUAAUCUCUCCUAAAGGGCCCCUGUGCGAUUAAACUGUAAACAUGGCUCAGAACAUCUAGCGACGACACUGGUCACUUUCAGAGCCAACAGAUCUGAACAGUUUUUUUAACUAUUUAACAGCAUUAAACUGCCAGUAUAAAUACAUCUAAAUGCCACUUCAGAUGCAGCUUCUGUGCCAAAGAUGGGUUUUGUUGAUGGUGAUUUAAUCCAAUUGUGUCUUAUUAUUCUAACUGAAUUUAUUGAUUAAAUGUAAGAAUUUGACAUAAAAGAUGAUGCAUACAUCUAGGUUAGAAAAAUCAAUUUAAGGGAGAAAAUAUCACCUUUUAAUGCACAGAAUAUGAAGAACAUAAAAAGCUUUGUGAGUCAGUCAUGCCUAAACCACUCAAGACAAACCAGCACAAAAACUCUCCGAAAAAUAUUGUCUAUUAUCGUUAUCAACAAAAACGGAGAAAAUAUCGAGAUACCUUAUGUGCCUGUGAACUGUGAAGGACUUGAAGAAAUAUUUUUGUAUGCUUUGUGUUAAAAUAUGCUGCAAUCAGAGCCAAUCUUCCCUAUACACAAACUACGCAAGUUGCAUAGGGCCCCUGAACCACUAGGGGGCCCUUUGCUCAUCGCUAUAUAAAAUAAACAUGACAUUAAUUUACCAUAAUGUGAAUAUUUCUUUAUAACAUACAUAUUUAUGUGAGGAGUCAAACAUUCAAUAACUGUUUUGGACUCUGACAUCACGCAGUGCGUCAGAUAAAAACAUGCGUUUUGACAUGGCUAUGGCUGCAAAACAAAACUAUCCUUCUGGAACAGAAAAAAACGUGCCAAGAACAAAGAAAGAAUGUAUUUUCAUAACAUUUCAGUUUCUUGAUAAAGCUAUAUAUUCAUAAGCUAGUUGUAAAGCAAUAACUCCAGUCCAGGUUUUAUUAGACAUGUCCCAUGAUGAAAUGUAACUUUCGGUUUGCGUUGGUACAAAUCAAUAAUCAAAACGAUCUUAUGCGUGAUUUAAUGUAUAAAUAAACAUUCCUGUUCAGUAUUACAAGCUGUCGUGUGACUCAGGUAAAAACAAUGCCCAUUUAUCAAAAUUAAAUUUAAAAAAUAUAACCCAACGGUUGGGUUGAAAGAAUCGUGCCUUAUUUAUUUAUCAUUCUGUAAUUUCCUUUAGAAAGCCAAUUCGGUUGUGGUGUAGUUUUUUUUUUUUUUUUUGACAGCUAGAUGGUGC